ACUUUCGACGGCCGGCGCCGCGCGCUUUCCUUCCACACCUGUUUGAGCGCUGGGCUCUCCGGCUGCCGCGGCAAACUUCUUUUUUUCCCCUCUGGAGGGGAGACGAAAAGUUUGGGUAAGGCGCGAGGGAAAGGCGGAGAGCCGCGUGCCGUGAAGUGCGUCUGCUGGCGGCAAGUGGCAAGGAGUUCCUCCUCCUGCCCAGAGACGUCCUCCGUUAGAUAACUUAAGGAAAAUGGAAACAGAUGGGGCUCAAGAUAUGUCCCAAGUUUCAGGAAAAGAAAGUCCUCCAGUAAGUGAUGUCCCAGAUGAUGGGGAUGAGCCUAUGCCUGUACCAGAAGAUCUUUCAACCAGCACUGGAGGACAGCAGAAUUCAAGGAAUGAGAGAGUUUUGGCUGCAUAUGGGGCUGACGGCUUUAGGGAUUUUCACGCCAUCAUCCCCAAAUCCUUUUCUCCCAGUAAUAUUAAAAUAGAGAAACAGAGUGAUGAAGAGAAUGGGCGUGCCUGUGAAAUGAAUGGGGAAGAAUGUGCGGAGGAUUUACGAAUGCUUGAUGCCUCAGGAGAGAAAAUGAAUGGCUCACACAAUGGCAGCAAAGCCCUGUCAGGAGUUGGAGGCAUUCGACUCCCUAACGGAAAGCUAAAGUGUGAUAUCUGUGGGAUAAUUUGCAUCGGUCCCAAUGUGCUUAUGGUUCACAAAAGAAGCCACACUGGCGAACGCCCCUUCCAGUGUAAUCAGUGUGGGGCAUCCUUUACUCAAAAAGGCAACCUUCUCCGCCACAUAAAGUUACACUCCGGCGAAAAGCCGUUCAAGUGCCACUUGUGUAACUAUGCUUGUCGUCGUAGAGAUGCUCUUACAGGCCAUCUGAGGACCCAUUCCGUUGGCAAGCCCCACAAAUGUGGAUAUUGUGGCCGGAGCUAUAAGCAGCGCAGCUCUUUGGAAGAACAUAAGGAGCGCUGCCACAGCUAUUUGCAAACCAUGAACCUCUAUCCCGUUAUGAAAGAGGAAACUAGCCAGGGCGAAAUGGCUGAAGACCUGUGCAAGAUGGGGUCAGAGCGAUCCCUGAUGCUGGACAGACUAGCAAGUAACGUCGCCAAACGUAAGAGCUCUAUGCCUCAGAAAUUUGUUGGUGAGAAAUGUGUAUCUGAUGUUCCUUAUGAUGCAACCACCAAUUACGAGAAGGAGAAUGAUAUGAUGCAGACCCAUGUCAUAGACCAGGCUAUUAACAAUGCCAUCAGCUACCUAGGGGCAGAGUCACUGCGGCCCCUGGUGCAGACCCCACCGGGCGGCCCUGAAGUUGUGCCUGUCAUCAGCCCAAUGUAUCAGCUCCACAAGCCCCUUGGGGACAACCAUGCUCGAUCCAAUCAUGCCGCACAGGACAGUGCUGUAGAAAACCUGCUACUACUUUCCAAAGUCAAAUCUAUCUCUUCAGAAAGGGACCCUUCCCCUAACCACAGCUGUCCAGACUCCACCGAUACAGAGAGCAAUAACGAGGAACGCAGUGGCUUGAUCUACCUAACAAACCACAUAGCGCCCCAUGCGCGGAACGGCCUCUCGAUAAAGGAGGAGCACAGGCAAUACGAAGUCCUGCGGGCGAGUAAUGACAGCUCCCAAGAUGCCUUCAAAGUAAUCAAUGGCAACGGGGAGCAAGUGAAAGUUUACAAAUGUGAACAUUGCAGAGUCCUGUACUUAGAUCACGUCAUGUACACCAUCCACAUGGGCUGCCAUGGGUUCCGUGAUCCUUUCGAGUGUAACAUGUGCGGCUACCGUAGCCAGGACAGGUAUGAGUUCUCUUCUCACAUAACCCGUGGGGAACACCGUUUGCACAUGAGUUAAAUAAAACGCUUCCGGUAUAGAAGUUGCCCAUACAACUGGAGCUCCGAGAACAGCAGCUAAAAAAAGGCAAACAGACAAAGUAUUACAGGACAAUAUCCGCCAAAAACCAAUAUCAGAAGGCUGGGUCCCAGAAAUGAACUCUUCUUGUAGCAUGCACACACAAUUCAGUUUUAUAUUAUUAAUAUUGAUGUUUUUAUUGCAAACAUAGGUCACCCAAAACUUUAGUACAUUAAGUAGGGGCUUUUGUAGUUCGGUAGAAGAAACCUUUUCUUGCUAGCAAUUGUUUCCUGCAGAAACCCUUCCCUCCCCCUUUCUUCUCCCAUCCCAAGGCAGUUAACUGUGCACAUUCAUAGCCAAUUCUGAUUGAAAACUAGAAAGAUGAAAUUACUGUUAACCAUUUUUGUGUUGAUAUUCUGAAAAUACACUUUUUUUUACACCACACGUAUUUUCUGACUUCCUAUGAUGAUUUAGUGCAUUCAACUAAUAGCAAUAAUCCACAUUUAGAAUAGGUUAAAAAUCACAUAACAUUUUCUGGUGGUCUUGGCCCUGUUGAAUCCAAUCCUGGGCUGUCUAUAUGCGGGGAAAGGCUCAUGGUGGCUGCGGAAUUGUGCUGCAUCAGUUAUAUGACACAGACGCAGCUUCGCAGACGCUGCGGGGCUUUCCCAUAAAGCUGUGUGUUGAAAAAGUUGGGGACUUAACCCAACCUUUUCAAUGGAAACAAGGUCAGUACAGUUCUUCUGCUAUCUGAUGUCACUCUGGGGGUGUUCCCUGGUGGAAGGCAACCAGCGAUUGGUCGCCUUCUAACAGGAAGAGUUUGGGGGGGGGGCUCUGGUACCUCAGUGGCCAUCGGAAACCCUGUGUUUCCUCCUUGGCAUUGGGAUUGCAAGACUCCACAGUGAAGCAGUAAAAACGCAGGGUUUCUGAGGGAGGCAGCGUCAACUCAACUCCGUGAAAACAGUCCCCUGGACAUAAUUUGCUUGGUUUAUAAUCUUCAGAGGAUGAAUGGCCUGAAUACCAUCAACAUAGAUUACUCUGAGUAUGCUUAGAAUGGUAAUUGAGCAUGCUCAGAAGAAUCUAAGGUGAUGCUGCCCAUAACAGGCAAGGUAGAUAACAUGGCUGUGAUUAUGUUUAUCACUUAUACUUUUCUCAGAAAAAUCCCAGCUACAACACUUGUGUCAAUUAACUUGGAGGAGCAUGGAAUGCUUUGGUCAAAUCCAUACCCAGACUGUGUAAAUCAAAAAAUCCAGUGUCUUAUGACUCUGAUCCAAUUAAAAAAAAUGAACCUAAUCCUAAUUGAGAUCCAAUUUAAUUCAUUUACAAGCUCAGUCUAGAGAAUGAAAGGUAAGCGCAAUGAAUUGUCCAUGUGUAGUCGAGCUUUAGGGCACAAUCCUAUGCAUGUGUAGACAGAAGAAAGUCCUACAACUCCAAGCAUUCCAUGUGGUUGGCAGGGGAAGGCUGGGAAUUGUAGGACCUUUUUCUGUAUAAACCUGCACAGGAUUGCGCCUUUAAUCUAUUUUUGCCAAUAGUAACACCCUGUGUUGCAUCUCAAGCUAUUGUUUAAACUCAUCUGGGUUUAUAAAGCAAGAUAUAAUCCUGUGAAAGGGAGAGGGGGAGCAGCUGUUCAACAAAUGGUUUAGAAAAACACACAUCAUAUCUGUGCAAACUAUUGUGUGUACACAUAGGGGGUCAUUAGGUUAGGGCCAUUGUGUGGAAGGGAGUGUCUUCAUGGAACUCCCAUCUCCACAUAAAAAUGCUGCUGUCAGCUUUACUCCCGCAAAUGGUAGAUGAAAUAAGAUGGUAAACAAGUCAAACGUUGUACAUAUCAAAAUAUGCACUCUAAUGUGGGUUAUAUUGUUUCCUCUGUAUAAGGCUGUUUCAAGUACAUUAAGUACCUACCUAUACACACUUUUACCUGGAAGUGAAGUCAAUGGGAAGUACUAUUGAGUAGCCAUGCAAAAGAUUGCAUGUGAACGUCUUUGUGUAACACACAGCAGUUGGGCUUGCACGUUUUCUACAGACGAACUUAGCACAUGGUUAAUAAACUUCCUGCCCGCCUCAGUACUCAUCAGCCACUUUAAAAUCAAAAGAUGAGCUCCCUCCCCACCCCGCUUGUAUUUUAAUAUUUCACAUUUAUUUAAGAAUGAAAGAAAGUUCAUGAUUGGCAGUGGGUGUUUGCCUGUUGUUGUUGUUGUUGUUGUUUUGCACUUAUUCAUUCUCUCUUUUGACUACUUCUCUCUUUUGACUACUACUUUUGACAACUACUUUUAAUCAUGAGGCUAAACCACAUCUGCAACACCCACACUUUGCCCAUUUUGCAUUGGAAAGUGCAUCUUUUGCUUUUAUAAAGAGGCCUCUCCUUUGUGCUUCAACUUUAACACAUGGGGCACAAUCCUACGCAUGUUUAAACGCGGGGGAGAAACAUCCUACAACCCCCAGCACGGCUAGGUGGAGGAUGCCAGCAGCUGUAGGACUGUUUUCUUUCUAAUCAUGCACAGGAGUGCACGCUUAGUGAAAAAUCCUGCAGGAUGAACUUAUUUUUCCAGGCCCUUGCUUAAACAGGCACAUUCUACCUUGUGCCCGAAACACUUGUUAAUUCUGUUUCCAGGGGACAUUACAAAAAUUAACAUGCUGAUGUAAAUGAACUUAAUGUGUAUAUCUGGCUGCAAAAGCUUUUUUUGUAGAGAGCCUUUUUUGGCUGAGGAGCGGGGUAUAAGUAUGAUUAAUAAUAAUAAUAAUAAAUAAUAAAAGCUGAGUUUUAUCCAUACGUAAUUUAAAGGAAAAUGUUAAACAGGCUCAGGGUUGCAUGAAUAGUGGCUAAAGGCUGUUUCAUACAAUACUCAGCAACAAACAUUAUUAUUAUUAUUUUAUUAUUAUUUAUUUAUAUAGCACCAUCAAUGUACAUGGUGCUGUACAGAGUAAAACAGUAAAUAGCAGCAGCCAACCCCUGUUUGUCAUGUUCACUCUCUGAGUUUUUACAUAUACGCUUUAAAACAUGUGGGUAUGUACCUAAAAAUGUAAUGUGUGAAGAAACCUUAUACUGGAUGCCACAGAAGAAAUGCACAAGUGCACAAAGCCACAAUGGGUAAAGGAAACCCCUUUCCUUUACUCUCGACUAUGGGCAUCAACCUGUCUUAUAGCAGUAUUUCAUCUGACCUUCAAUGUUGAGAAGACUAAGGCUUUUAAAUACUGUAUAUGCUAUCUGACUUGUCACAUUGGCUGGUCACUGCUUAUCACUCCUGCUCAGGAUGUCCUGCUCAGGACUAUCUCCAUUCAUUUCAGUGGAGGCAGCAGAUCCGUGGCCUCAUUCCUUUUGUUGGGUAAGGGGCUUAGCUCCCUUCACUAAACUAAAUAGGCCUCCUGUGUACAAGAGUUCUGUGUGCUCAUCUGAAUGCACAUGGUGCUCAGGACUGGAGAAUCUAUAUGCAGGUUCAUGUCAUCUUUAAAGUUUACAAGACACCCAUGUGUACACAUGUCUAUGAUGAUAUGUAUCAUACUUCUACUUAUAUAGGCAUCAACUAAGACAUUAUCAGAGUGGGUGUGUUCCUUGGCUCUAUGUUUUCCUAUUUAUGUUGUAACUGAGUACAUGGAUAUUGAAAGCGAAUACAGUUAAUGAGUUAGCAUAUUAGUCAGCUACCAGAAGUCUUGGCCUACUGUGAACGGUCCCUUCUGCCUCUCCCCACCACACACACCUAUCCCAAAUGAGUCUUGUUUUAUUUAAAAAUAAAACGUCCUGAUUAUUUUAUUUUAAAUGUAUGAUUUUGAUAAACUCAAAGAACUCUAUUCCGGACUAUUUAUACUCUCAUAAGAGUGAACUGGAGGAAUUGCUUUACAUUGAUGUUUGUUACUAUAGGAUGCCUCACAUCUGUAAAUAGCAACAGAUAAAGAAAUGCUUUUCAGACUUCACACCCCAUCCCGACUUUGACACUGCCUUUUUAUACUUGUACUUAACAUAUUUUUUUGCUGUGGUUUUAUAUUGUAAUCCCAGUUACCUUUUCAGACCUAUGUAUUUAAAAAGAAAUGAAGCACAUUUGUCUAAAAAAAUAUAUAUCAGAAUGUAAGUAAAAUUUUGUCUGAAGGCAAAGACAUAUCCUUUGUA